GUGUUGUCCAUUUCACAGGAGGCGUUUGCGGCCUCGCUGGCACGGUCAUCCUCGGCCCGCGGAAGGGACGCUUCGAGAAUCCCGAGGAGUUCGAGUACCACAACAUCCCACUGAUCGUGCUCGGCACCUUCGCGCUUUGGUUCGGCUGGUAUGGCUUCAACCCAGGCUCCACUCUCUCGAUGCACGACAAGGAGAUGGGUGCCCUUGCGGCACAAGUGGCCAUGAACACCACUCUCUCUGCAGCCACCUGUGGGAUCUCUGUGUUCCUGCUGAAGUUCGUGCUCACACUCAAGUAUGACGUCGGCGCGCUCUGUAACGGCAUUCUUUCGGGCUUGGUGUCCAUCACUGCGGGGUGCGGAAACAUGGAGUGCGGCAGCGCUGUUCUCACCGGCUUCAUUGGUGCUUUCUUCUACCAGGCGGCAUCAAGUCUCCUUGUGAGAUUGAAGAUCGAUGACCCCGUGGAUGCCAGCGCAGUGCACGGAGCCUGUGGCGUUUGGGGGCUUCUUGCCGCUGCUCUCUUCGAUUGGGGCAAGGGCUUUGACCACUACCACGGCUGGAGCGGUUUCGGCUGCAUGACGGGUGACGAUGGUGCGUGCAGCAAGGGCAUUGGAGGCUCCGCCGUCGCAGCACAGCUUGUGAUGAUCGUGGCCAUCAUCGUUUGGGCUUAG